AUGGCGACCGUGAGCCAGCGCCGCGUCUUCAAGCAUGACGGCCGCGUCAUCUACGAGUGGGAGCAGUCCAUGGAGGAGGUGAACAUUUUCAUCAAGCCCCCACCAGGGGUCACAGCGCAACAGAUCCAAUGCGACAUCACUACCAACCACGUGACGCUGGGACUGCGUGGCGCAACGGACAAGUUCCUUAACCAUGACCUCGCGAGCUCGGUUGUGGUCGCUGAGAGCUACUGGAUGUUUGACUCCGGAGAACUAAAUAUCAAUCUUCAGAAAAUGAAGAAGGGAUUUAUCUGGCCCAGCGUUUUCGUUGGACAUGGAGAGUUGGAUCCAAUGCAGCAGGAAGCUACCAAGCAGCAGAUGAUGUUGGAGCGCUUCCAAGAGGAGAAUCCUGGCUUUGAUUUCUCCAACGCUGAGUUCAACGGCGCUGCACCUGACCCACGCACGUUCAUGGGUGGUGUCAAAUACACGUAA